UUCUGAAUUGGGAAGGAGAACAGGAAGGGCUUCAGAUUUGCAACAGCCGGGAAAAGCCUUGCAGCUGCAUCCCGGGAAGGUUUACUUAGAAAUAAGGCGUUUUCAUUCAUCAAAGGCAGCAGAAGUGGCAGGCCAGUGUCCUUCAGCAGAUAAUCUAAGUCACCAGGGCAACUUCCAAACCAGAAUAAUCAGCAGGUGCUAAUUGUGGGCCUGAUUUGGCUGAAAAAGACCACGGCAAAAUGGGAAGAAAAGAUGCUUCUGCUGCAAGAACUCCUGUUGAUCAGUACAGAAAGCAGAUAGGAAAACAAGAUUACAAGAAAACCAGGCCAAUGUUAAAAGCAACAAGAUUAAAAGCAGAGGCCAAGAAAACCGCACCAGGCAUGAAGGAAGUCAGCCUUGUCCUUGCAGCUAUAUUGGUCUUUCUGUUGGCUUGCUAUGCUUUCUUUUAUCUGAAAUUAUCUGAAGAGGUUGACCUUGAUCUGGAUCAAGAUGAAAACUAGCAGAUUUAUUCCCCCCCCCCCCUUCAACUCUCUUCUGGAAAAGCAUCAUCUCGACCCCUUCAGAUUGCAAACAAACUGUCUCUUCGCUGAAGUGGACAUAACAUGAAUCAGUUCCAGCCAUUCAAAGGCCAAUACUACUCAUGAUAAUAGCUCAGUCAACUUUGAAGAGUUUUUCAAAAG